AUGGCGCAGCGCCGCGUCACAGACUUCUUCGCGCGCCGCCGCCCUCGCGGCCCCCGAGCCGGGCUCCUAAGGGCCAAGCCGGCCUGGCGCACCCCGAGCCCCGCCAAGCCGGCCCCCGGCGCCCCGGCCCCUGCCCCGAGCGGCAGCCGCAAGCGCGCCCGCCCGGCCCCCGACCCCGCGCGCGACGGGCCCGCGCCUCCCGCCCGCAGGAGACUGCGGCUGCCGCCCGAGCGCGGGGCCCCGGAGCCGGCCGACGCGGUCCCCAGCCCCAGCUGCCUGGCUGCCCCUGGCUCUCCAGCAAGCUUUCCAGAGAAGAGAAAGAAGGCUCCCCUGUCUGCAAGUCCACAGCCCCGGCUGGCGGCCCAGGAGGACCAGGUCCCCUCAAAGGACACUGUCUCUGAGCUCGAGUCGUGCCUCCAGCGGGCCCGGGAGCUGGGGGUACGGGUCCAGGAGCUGAGGGCAAGUGCUCAGAAGAAGGAUGCUGGGGAGUCGAGCGUGGCCGAGGGGCACCCGGCAGAGCCAUGUGGCGAGAAGGCACCUGCCUACCAGCGCUUCCAUGCCCUGGCCCAGCCCGGGCCCCCGGGCCUCAUCCUGCCCUACAAGUACCAGGUGUUGGCUGAGAUGUUCCGGAGCAUGGACACCAUCGUGGGCUUGCUCUACAACCGUGCCGAGACUGCCACCUUCGCCAAGGUCAAGCGGGGCGUCCAGGACAUGAUGCGCAAGCGCUUUGAGGAGCGCAACGUGGGCCAGAUCAAAGCUGUGUACCCUGCGUCUUACCGCUUCCGCCAGGAGCGUAAUGUCCCCACCUUCAAGGAUGACAUCAAGAGGACCGAUUACCAGCUCACCAUCGAGCCACUGCUGGAGCAGGAGGCAGGUGGUGCGGGCCCCCAGCUCACAGCGUCGCGUCUGCUGCAGCGGCGGCAUGUCUUCAGCCAGAACCUGGUGGAGCGGGUCAGGGAGCAUCACAGGGCUUUCCUAGCUGCCCUGACGCCCCCCAUGGUGGUGCCUGAGGACCAACUGACCCGCUGGCACCCAUGUUUCAACGUGGACGAGGUGCCAGAUAUUGAGCCGGCCGAGCUGCCCCAGCCGCCCAGCACCGAGAAGCUGACCACAGCCCAGGAGGUGUUGGCACGAGCCCGCGGCCUGAUGUCUCCCAAGAUGGAGAAGGCCCUGAGUGAUCUGGCCCUGCGCACAGCUGAGCCCAGCAGCCCCGGGCCCCCCACGCCCAGCCCCACUCCACCAGCCCCCCUGCCUGGCGCCCUGAAGGGGGUGUCCCAGGCCCUGCUGGAGCGGGUCCGGGCCAAGGAAGCACAGAAGCAGCUGGCGCAGAUGACGCGGCGUCCAGAGCAGGAGCAGCGGCUGCAGCAGCUGGAGCAACUUCCCGAGCUGGCCCGCGUGCUGCGCAGUGUCUUCGUGUCUGAGCGGAAGCCGGCACUGCCCCUGGAGGUGGCCUGUGCCCGGAUGGUGGGCAGCUGCCGCGCCUCCAUGAGCACCAGUGAGAUGGAGAAGCAUCUGCGCCUCCUCUCCGAGCUGCUCCCCGACUGGCUUAGCCUCCACCGCAUCCGCACCGACACCUACGUGAAGCUGGACAAAGCUGCUGACCUCGCGGUUGUCAACACCCGGCUGGCCCAGCUUGCCCGUGCCGAGGAGGGGCUGUGAGCAUGGCUGCCGCUGCACAGACACAUCCGGGAAGGAGGCUUGCUGGCCUGGGCACAGACUUCCCUGUUUUCGAAAGCGGCGCACCUGGCUCUCCCUUUUCGGGGCCCCAUGGGGGUUGGAGGCAGGACGCGGGGCCCAGACCACACAGCCCGAGGCUCUCUCUGCCAGAGUGGGUAUUGGGGCUGCCUCCCAGGGCUCUCAUCAGCAAGUUGACAUUAAACUGGGUCCUGUGGGUGGCUGUGGUCUCCACUGCUGCUUGAUGGGACUGGGUCCCAGCUCCCACUGGGGGCUUGGAGAGAACGGGCUGGGGGAGCAAUCGGCAGAAACAUGGACCCCCUGAGGCAGCAUGUGCUAAACCCUGGAGCCUGGGCUGCUCUGCCUGGCACAAGGGACUUGCAAGUGGGGUGGUAGGACCUGGUGGGGGGUGCCCUGGGUUGCCUGGGUUGUCCCCUGAGAUAUGACAGAAGCAGGUCAGAGCCGUUACUGCUCCUGGCCUGGAAGGUGGAGGAAGGAGCGACAAACUGAGGGGUGCAGGUGGGCCUUGGGAAAAAGGGAUUUCCUCCCAGAGCCUCAAGAAGGCACCAGUCCUGCCGACACCUUUGUUUUAGGACUGUCACAGAAUAAAUCAAU